AGGAGGGUUUACGAAACAGGAAAACGAGUAAAGGGAUAGAAAUAAUUUUAGUAUAUUUUUGUGUGCAAUUCAAAGAAAUUAAUGGUCAUGAGUUCCUUUUUGAUCAACUCCAACUAUGUGGACCCGAAGUUUCCACCCUGCGAGGAAUAUUCACAGAAUGAUUACCUACCCAGUCACUCUCCGGACUACUACAGCACCCAUAGGCGAGAGCCUGCUUUCCAGCAUGAGCCGAUGUACCAUCAGCGGUCGGGUUGCAGCGACUCGCCUUACUCCUCGUGCCAGGGUCCCGGGGAGCCUACGGUGGUGAUGUCUCCAAGGGGUCACGUCCUCCCCUCUGCCGGACUCCCUACUCCUCUUCCCGAGCCAAACCACCACUGUGACUCCGUAACCCCGAGCCCUCCGCCCGUGUGUGUCCAAAAUUCCGCCAGCCAAACCACUUCUUCGUCCAGUUCAUGCAAAGAGCCAGUAGUUUACCCUUGGAUGAAGAAAGUGCACGUAAACAUUGUGAACCCAAAUUUCUCAGGGGGGGAGCCCAAGCGAUCUCGGACAGCCUACACAAGACAGCAGGUCCUGGAGCUGGAGAAGGAGUUCCACUACAACCGCUAUCUAACCCGUAGGCGUAGAGUGGAGAUCGCUCACACACUCUGUCUUUCUGAGCGCCAAAUUAAAAUAUGGUUUCAAAAUCGAAGGAUGAAGUGGAAAAAGGACCACAAGCUGCCCAACACCAAAAUAAGGUCCACCACCUCCUCCGGUACAAACAGCAGUCAGGUGCUCGGGAACUCUCAGACCCGAACCAGUGGACCGCCACCAAGCCUAUAGCCCCUCCUUCCUUCCCAGUGCACACUAUAGACCUCAGUUGGAAGGGCGCUCACACGUCGUGCUCUUCCUCAUUUAGUGAAGGGA